AUGGCAGGUCAAAGUGCAUGGAAUGUAGUGCGUCUGCUUCGCAAGCUGGCAGAUCAAGGCCAGGCAAUUCUUUGCACCAUCCAUCAACCCAGUGCUCUGCUCUUCGAAUCAUUCGACCGACUACUUCUGCUCGAGCGGGGCGGAGAGACCGUGUAUUUUGGCGACAUCGGCAAAGACUCGCACGUCAUCCGCAACUACUUUGCUGCCAACGGCGCAUUCUGCCCGGCGAACGUCAACCCGGCCGAAUACAUGCUUGAGGCCAUUGGUGCUGGUACAACUCCGCGAGUUGGCGACCGCGACUGGAAAGACAUCUGGCUCGACUCACCGGAAUGCGAAAGCCUGCGAUCCAAAAUCGCACAGAUCAACAAUGAGGCGUUGACCAGGCCUGUGGCAGAGAAGACCAAGCUGAGCACCUAUGCGACCCCCUUCAUGUACCAACUGCGUACCGUCACUGCUCGCAAUUACCUUGCGCUCUGGCGAUCGCCAGACUACCUCUUCUCGCGGUUGUUUGUCUGCAGCUUCAUUUCGUUCUUCGUGUCGCUGUCGUUCUUGCAACUGGGCAUCAGUCUCCGGGAUCUCCAGUUCCGCGUGUUCUCGCUGUUCUGGGUCACUAUUCUUCCCGCUAUCAUCAUGGCUCAAAUUGAACCUAUGUUCAUCUCCAAUCGCCGGACUUUCAUCCGAGAGGCGUCAAGUCGCAUCUACUCCCCUUACGUGUUUGCUAUUGCUCAAACAUUGAGUGAGAUCCCUGGCUCCAUUGUUUGCGCUAUCGUAUACUGGGUCCUCAUGGUCUACCCAAUGCACUUUGGGCAAGGCGCUGCCGGGCUCAACGGCACCGGCUUCCAGCUGCUGAUGACGCUGACGAUGAUGAUUUUCGGUGUUACCCUGGGCCAGCUAAUCGGCGCCAUCAGCCCUAGCGUCCAAGUCGCGGCGCUGUACAAUCCUUUCCUGACUCUGGUCCUCGGAACAUUCUGUGGUGUUACGCUCCCGCAUGUGAACAACGGGUUCUGGUGGACAUGGCUGUACCAGCUUGUGCCGUACACGCGGACCAUCGCCGCGAUGGUGUCCACGGAGCUUUUCGGCCUGAAAGUGCGGUGCAAGAGCGUGGCUGCUCUUUUAGCGGGGUCGUUUGCAAGGCUGGGUUUGGCCGCCCCCGCUGAUCAAUGGCUUGUUUCCAUCCACAAAAGGCCUUUUUCGUUGCCGAACUACUUGCGCCGCAGAUUCGGGAUCGUCCUAGUAGCCACUGGUACUCAUUUGAACCCUCCUAUCACUGGGGACAAGAACACUUUGUUGACUAAAUUUCAAAACUUCCACCCACGACUGACGCGCGCAGAUUUUGCCGCCGGAGGGAUAAGUAACGCCUCGGGCUUGAACGCGGCGUUGAAUGAAAGGGAGCGGGUGUGCGCACAUCUUGGACGUUCGAUCGUAUAUAUCGCGGUAUGUGCUCUUUCUUCUCUUGGCUUAUUGACUACUGCUUACAACCGAAUUAUGGCAGGUCAAAGUGCAUGGAAUGUAGUGCGUCUGCUUCGCAAGCUGGCAGAUCAAGGCCAGGCAAUUCUUUGCACCAUCCAUCAACCCAGUGCUCUGCUCUUCGAAUCAUUCGACCGACUACUUCUGCUCGAGCGAGGCGGAGAGACCGUGUAUUUCGGCGACAUCGGCAAAGACUCGCACGUCAUCCGCAACUACUUUGCUGCCAACGGCGCAUUCUGCCCAGCCAACGUCAACCCGGCCGAAUACAUGCUUGAGGCCAUUGGUGCUGGUACAACUCCGCGAGUUGGCGACCGCGACUGGAAAGACAUCUGGCUCGACUCACCGGAAUGUGAAAGCCUGCGAUCCAAAAUCGCACAGAUCAACAAUGAGGCGUUGACCAGGCCUGUGGCAGAGAAGACCAAGCUGAGCACCUAUGCGACCCCCUUCAUGUACCAACUGCGUACCGUCACUGCUCGCAAUUACCUUGCACUCUGGCGAUCGCCAGACUACCUCUUCUCGCGGUUGUUUGUCUGCAGCUUCAUUUCGUUCUUUGUGUCGCUGUCGUUUUUGCAACUGGGCAUCAGUCUCCGGGAUCUCCAGUUCCGCGUGUUCUCGCUGUUUUGGGUCACUAUUCUUCCCGCUAUCAUCAUGGCUCAAAUUGAACCUAUGUUCAUCUCCAAUCGCCGGACUUUCAUCCGAGAGGCGUCAAGUCGCAUCUACUCCCCCUACGUCUUUGCUAUCGCUCAAACAUUGAGUGAGAUCCCUGGCUCCAUUGUUUGCGCUAUCGUAUACUGGGUCCUCAUGGUCUACCCAAUGCACUUUGGGCAAGGCGCUGCCGGGCUCAACGGCACCGGCUUCCAGCUGCUGAUGACUCUGACGAUGAUGAUUUUCGGUGUUACCCUGGGCCAGCUAAUCGGCGCCAUCAGCCCUAGCGUCCAAGUCGCGGCGCUGUACAAUCCUUUCUUGACUCUGGUCCUCGGAACAUUCUGUGGUGUUACGCUCCCGCAUGUGAACAACGGGUUCUGGUGGACAUGGCUGUACCAGCUUGUGCCGUACACGCGGACCAUCGCGGCGAUGGUGUCCACGGAGCUUUUCGGCCUGAAAGUGCGGUGCAAGAGCGACGAGUUUGCGACGUUCAACCCCCCGACCAACAUGACCUGCGGCCAGUGGGGCCAGGCCUUUGUCAACAUAACGGGCGGGUACAUCGACAACCUGGACGCGACGUCCAACUGCAAGUACUGCUCGUACGCGGUCGGGGACGAGUUCUACACCCCGCUGGGCAUCAGCUUCUCUGAGCGCUGGCGCGACUUUGGGAUCUUCCUUGCUUAUAUUGCUUUCAACAUGGCUGCGACAGUCAUUGCAUCGAGAUAUCUCCGCUACGCCAAACGCUGA